CGUGAUCUUCACAGUCAUAGAUUUUUCAACCAUGAAGGUGGUUUUAUUACUUGGAGUACUUGUUGCGGUAACCAAUGCUGGUUACAUUAGUUCCGGUUGGUCUGGAAGCGGUGGUGGAUAUGGAGGUGGAUUUGGGGGUGGUUAUGGAGGAGGAGGAAGUGGUUGGCAAAGUGGUGGAGUUUGGAGAGGAGGUGGAGGUGGAUGGAAAGGAGGAUUAGGAGGUGGAUACGGAGGUGGAUACGGGGGUGGAUAUGGAGGAGGUGGUGGAUUCGGUGGUGGAACCGUUAAAGUGAUUAAAAUCGUCGUUCCAAGUGGUGGAGGAGGAUUCGGGGGUGGAUACGGAGGUGGAUAUGGUGGAGGUGGCGGUGGAUGGAAACUUGGAGGAGGUGGAGGAGGUUGGAACCUCGGUGGAGGCGGUGGAGGAUGGAAACUUGGAGGAGGAGGAGGUGGUUAUGGAGGUGGAGGUGGAUACGGAGGAGGUGGUUGGAAAUCAAGCGGAGGUUGGUGGUAAACCACAUCAACAUUAAUCAACCCACUUCUUCAAAACAUGGAUCGUUUUCAACUUAUCUUAAACGUCUUUUUGUGAUUUUUGUAAAUAUUAUGUCUACUUUAAUAAAUAAAAUCCGCACUGCCACCGUUUAAAAACAA